AUUGGUUAAGCGGCAGUCGGGUCACUGUCGUCAGCUUCAGCUUCAGCUCCGGAGCCGGAGGCGCGCAGAGACUCAACUGCGGUUAGGAAGGUAACGAAGUGAAGCGGUGCGAGCCUCAGGUCUUGAUGGCAUGAUGAGAGUGACCCUGAUGAAAAGGAAAAGACGCCCCCUGAAGGUGUGAGAGUCCAGGUUUCCCCGUUCGUCUUAGCUGCCAGUACUUCCAGCUUAAAUGGAUUCCUGCAAGUUCAGCCAAGAAGGCAUGAGUCGGCCAUUAAGCUGCCCUGCUGGGAGACUCAGCCCCGCUAAAUCCACCAGCAGCAUCGACCAGUUUGUGGGUCACCGUGGUAACGGGGACUCCGCGUAUAGCUCUUUCUCUGGGGGCUCGAGUGCCCCUGAAUAUGGGCCACUUCACCUUGCUGAUGAUCUUGGCUAUGAGGGCUUCCUGGCAUCAGAAUUUACAAGUGCUGUGGAUGACCCGUGCGUGGUACCCAGCUCCCCCUCCAGAAGCGUGGCGCACUGGUACCGCACAGCCGAAAAUGCACCAGAACCCAGAGUGCCGCACACUUUGGCUUGGAAGAAUUGCAGCUGGGAGCCCCCCCCAGCUCCCCCAGCACGGCUGGAUAGCUUUAUAGCAGUUAGGCAUCUGGAAAACGCUGGAGGUAGUUGGAGCCCUAGGGUUCAGUCGGCACGUCCCAGAACAGAAUUGCUUCGCAGCCCGAGAUCUUCACAGGCCAAUCCAAGAAACCCAAUGGAGUAUCAGAGCUUUACCGAGGGACUCCAGUGUGGGAACCAUCUUCACAAAGAUCAGAACAUCAUCAACAGCCAUGUCCAACACAGAGUGAGCAAUAAGGUUAAGCCUCCUGAGAUCACUGGCGAAAAUAACAAUCUUGCUUGUCUGGACUGUCGAAGUCAACUUAACAUGGAUGAUCCGGACUACGUUCAGCAGCAGUGCCAAGGUGACCAAAGCCUAUGUUCAAACAGGAGAGAUGAAGAGGACCUCCAUACAAGCCCAUAUGGUUCUCCGUGCUCCUCAUAUCUGUCCAGGGCCGUCCAGCAGAAAAUGGAGCACAAAGGAAAGCGUCACGGCACUUUUAGGCAUCACAACAGCUGCCAACUCAUCUUCUACUCUGGCCCUGAAAAAGGCGUCCCUGCGUUCAACCCUGACAAAAAGGAGAGGGCUUUUUCUCUCCAGGGACUGGACCAUGCUAACAGGAGUGCAGGGAUAGAUAUGACACAGCCUAUAGCGAACUUGGCUCUUGAUGAGAUCGACAAGGCGACCACGCCACUGCAGUUUCACCUGGCGGGAGAGAGCAGAGACACAUUAGUAAGGCAAUCAAAAGGUGAGAUUGAGACUAAUGUUACCCUCAAGGAGAUACGACUAGACAGCAGCCCCAAGGGGCAACUGGGAACCAAAGCUUCUGAUUCUUCCUCAGACUAUGGCUCCAGCAGUGGUGGCACUCAGAGCAGCCGCCAGCUAGAGAUGACCGUCCAGGGCGGAGGGGGCAGCAGCGCUUCUGCUCUUAGCUCGCCGAACGAUUCAUCCAGGAUGACCUCCUGCGAUGGCUUGAGAGACACGCAGCCUGUGGUCCUAAUGGAAACCACCUCCAAGAGGACGGAUCUGCACGCCGCCCCCAUUCCAUUCAAGGUCACACAGGCCCCUGGACACACAGCCUCUUCAAUUUGCUAUGUCACCAGAGCCUCGAAUUCCAAGGUUUCCUCUGAGACUCCCGAGAGCUUUGAAUCAGACAUCGGGGGAAAGCAGAAUUUCUCUCAGCUUCAGGUAGCACGAGCUGGACUUCUGAAGAUGCUGAGCCCAGAGCAGAGGAACCUGUGCUAUUCUGAUCCAGACAGUUUGAAUCACAUCGGAGAUGGACCUGCUUACAGAGGGUACAACUCAGUGGAUGACCAGCUGGUGGAGCCGAUGAGCAAAGACAAACUGAGCGGACAGGGUCUGGUAGCGGCUAGAAGGAAGCUCUUUGAAACCAAAGGCCGUGCCCUGUCAGCUUUCUGCUUCUCCAAAAGCGCACUGAAGCACAUCCAGCGCGAGGCCCUGCAGGCCUACAUGGAGUGUAAGGCAGGCCAUCGAAGCACAGAAGCCCAAUCUCCUGAUCGGAGACACUCCAUGGCUGGGAGGGUGGCGGAAUUUGGCCAAAGGUCACUUUGCAGAAAUGCAGAACUCGGGAAGGAGGAGAGCAGGCCCCUUUCUGCAGGCCGCCCGCUGGACCCCCCAGUCGGCUGUGUUGACUGCGCAGACCUGGGGUCUCUCUCCUACUGUGAGCCUGGACACAUUAAUGAGAAAGCGACCUCACCUACUGAGAGAUCGUCUUCUACGGAUAACCUCUGUCGAUUCCGUUCCACUCCAACUCCAUAUACCCUGCAGACUACGAUCCGCUCCAAUGAAUCUUUACCAUUCAAUAACCUGACACUGAGUUCUCAGAAAUCAGUUGAAGGGAAGUCUUCAGUGAGCAAGUACCCAGCGGAUCGGGCAGAUACAGCGGAUCGGGUGGACCUAGUGGACAGAGUGGACGUGGGGCAAAUGGGCCGUGCUGUCUGUGCGGCAGAUUCUAGCAGGGUGCCCAGGGAGGAGGCAGCCACGCUCCGGGUCGGCAGGUUCUGGGCCUCUGCUUCAAGCUCAGAGUCCGCAGAGCAGCUGCGAGGCCGACGCAUGGCCCAGGCCCACGAGCAGAGAAGUUCACCGUCCUUCUUUGAGGGCCAGGAGAGGCGACAGGUGCUAGAGCACAGGAAGCCACUAUUCAAACAGGAGUCUGCCCCACAGCUCCAUGUCGGUGAGCUCGGGAGCCGCGACCAGGCACGCAGCAAGGCUUGGGCCAUCCCUGAACCAUCCGCCACUGGGGGCACGACCCACUUCCCAUCAAGCCCCUCUCUCAGUCCAUCUGGCAGCCCCUCAUCCCUCCCUGUGUGUGGUUUAGAUUUCCGUAAAAGAUGGAUCCAGUCUUUAUCCAGAGGCAGGUCCAGCUCUAGAGUGAAGACGUCCCCGGUGCAGCCCUCGCUGCUGGAGCUCUCGGUGGACGAUCCUGAAGAGAUAUUUGGGUCCUUCCCUGAGGUAUUUUUAAACCAAGGAGUGACGACAGACUCAAACUCGUGGCUGAGGAGCACGGAUGGAGAACGUCCCCCACUAGGGAGCAAAGGAGGUUCCCAGGGAACCAGAGACACCCAGUGUCAAGUCCAGGAGACGGACACAAGCACCAGGGAAGAACUUCCAAGAAAGGAGGAGGAAGAUGAGGAAGGAGUUUCGGUGGAUGAUCCUGAGUCUCCUGCAGUCCCCACCAGGGAAACCAUAGUGAAAUGGCAGUGGGAGGACAUGGUGCAGCAGGUGGCGGCGGAGGAUCAGACAUUAGCGCAUGUGAUGCUGCCAGCAGCCAAUCGGAUCACUGCAAUCGCACUGAUAGAGCAGCUGCUUUCUGGGGACACCUUACUGAUGGGAGAGCAUUACAGGAGGAAGCAAGCUCAGGAGGCCAGCGGCCCAGACACAGAGGACGGCUUUGCAGUGGAUGUGGUGUGUUCUCUUAAUGCUGCUCAUGCAACCACUGAAGAUCAAGCUCAAGCAACUGGCCAGACACAAGGCGGGGCAGCAAGUGAUGUCACCAAGAAGAAGAGACUGCUGAUGUCAUGCAUCGAGCGCCACCUGGAGGCACUGGCCGAGCAGCAGGCGGCCCUCAGGCAGGAGCUGCAGGCCCAUGGGGAGCGGGCCAGUGCCAUGGCCUCCCUGGUUCAGGAGCGCUGUCUGCCUCUGGAGUACGAGCGCUACACUCAGUUCCUGGAUGACCUGGAGCGGGUGGUCAACCUGCUUCUGUGCCUAUCUGCACGUCUGGCCCGGGUGCAGAAUGCAUUGAGCAUUUCGGACCAACAUAUGGACCCGGAGGAGAAGGAAUCCCUGCAGAACCGCCACCGUUUGCUGUGUAGACAGAGGGACGACGCCAAGGGCCUGAGGGAGAAUCUGGAGAAGAGGCAGGGUGUGGUGGCUGCCAUUUUGGCCAAGUACAUGACUGCCCAGCAGCAGGAGGAGUACAAGCAGAUAGUGCAGACCAAAGCCUCACUGCUCAUCCAGCAGAAGGACCUGGAUGAGAGGCAGCGUCUCAGGGAGGAGCAGCUGCAGGCUUUGCUGGGCAGCCUGUCCCCGUAGUCGCGUGAUGGCGCCCCCUAGCGUGGCUGCCAGUCAAGCCUGCUCUCUCCCGGUUCCUUCGGUAACCUGGGAAACUCGCGUUGGUUGUAUCUUCAUGGUCUUUUGGGACCUGCUUGAUUUCCUACGAUUCCCUUUGCGAGGGAUCUUGUGUAAAAUACAGCAUCUUCUGCGGACUCGCUUCUCAUGCCUCAACCCAGGAAUGGUGGUAGAAUAGUAUUUAGCCAGAAAUAUUUCUAUAGCUUAUUUUUUUACUACAGACUUCCGAGUCCAAAACCUCUGAAAUACAAAUGUAUGCCAGAAGGCAGAUAUUAUUCGGACGCCAUCAUUCUCAUUCCUGUUGAACCUUUAGUGGAUGAUCUGAGUAAUAAUGUCAGUCCUGCUUGUUCAUUUAUGAGAGAAGAUCAUGGCCUUAUGAAGCCUUUUUCAAAGGCUUAUCCACAAAGUGGAGCAUUUUCGACCACACAUUCACCCACGGUUUCUUUUUACUGUUUCAAGUCCAAUUUCCUUUCUAGUCUUGCAGUGUUAUGUGCAACUUUUCCAGAGAGAUUUUCAUCACCGUGCAAGUCUGAUGUUUUUUGGUUGUCUAGGUUUAUUAAUCAAAUGGUUUGGGAUAUUCUGAGUAGGUUUAGUGCAGGUCUGAUAUGACAGAUAACUAUUUGUUAACUAUUUGUUGUUGCUGUUUUAAUUAAUGCUAGCCGAAGGUAGCAGGUAAAGCUAGCAGAACCUGGAUCUUUUGAGAAUUCAUUGUUGUUGGGGGGGGGGGGGUAGUUCCUUUCCAUCCUUGGUUAUAUUUGCCGAAGAGUAAAAUUAAAAAAAGAGACAAACCAGUGACCUUAAAACUGACACAAAACUAAAGUAAAAACAUAAACCAUUUUCUAAAAUGCAGUACAGUAAGUCCCAAAACUAGUAUUUUUAGUAUUUAGCACCAAUGCUUCUGAAGUGUAUUUAUUUUGUACAUGUUAAUGGAAUAAUAAUUUCUCAAAUUAUAUGUGAUUAUAUGUGAAAAAGUAUGGGAAUGAUUAUGUAUUGUGUGAAACCAACCAAUGCAAACACCUUUUAUCUUUAGAUGGACCUGACCUCAGGUCACUCUAACUCAUGCGCAUUUCUACUCAGUAUAGUUACUCUCUUAUGCACAUGCAUUUCUACUCAGUAUAGCUAUGCUACUACUCAAAUGCAUUUCUAGUCAGUAUAGCUACUCUCUUACAUUUAUUUGUACUGGGUAUAACUACUGUAUAGUAUAGAAUGCAGUGCAGCAUUUUUGUUCAAUGCAUUCCUGAAUCUCUCGCUACCGUCUCCUUUAAGCAUGUUGUUGGUAAUUACAUGAGAACCCUGGCUUGCAGUGACAUUACAGACAUGCACAAACCUGACGUUGCAAUGGAUGUGCCUUCACCCUGCAGCUCAGAAAUCCUGCUGUAAAACAUCUGCUAUAAAACAUUCUCCUUGCAGUUAUUUUGUUCACUGCAGUAAAAGCUGUGUGCACUCAGGCUCGUCGUGGGUGAAUAAACCAUUUUCCCAUUGA